UGUGUGGACAUCAGACCAGACUGACCAUACCUUGAGCCUGCUGCAGGCCACAGCAGCCCUGGAGCGAGCCUUGGGAGAUCUGGAUGUCUGCCCAUACGCAGGUGUUCCUGAUGCAUGGCACCCAGUGCCCCUCACUGCUGAAAGAUCUUCUAGCUACCAGGGAGCUGACAGAGAUCUUCGGGUGCACAGCUAUGUCCUGUCUGCAUGUCCUGAUUGGUCCUCCCUCCAGUCUAAACCUCAGGAACAUUGCCUGGCACGGUUUCCUCAGUCCUGGAGAGGUGCCAGAUAUGUAUGUCAGUUUCCUGUUGGUUGUGGUGGCAACAUUAGGAGAGCAGACUCCCUUUCUGUACGAGGUCUCACACCGCACCCCACUAGAUCUCUCACCGCAGUUGGAGCAACUGCAGCAAGUCUUUCCAGUCCUACAGGUGGCAGAUGUGCCUGGCCUGAGGGACGUCAUCCACAGAACUGCAUUCAUCCAGCCCUCCAUGAUGCCUUAUUGGGAGAAAGCUUUGGAGAAAUUCUCAGAUCAAAGCUAUGGUCACUGCCUGCUGCUGCUGCUGCCACAGUUAGAACACGGGCUGAGGAGAGUCUUUGCUGUAGUCAACAACUGUCCACAAAGGAUGCUGACUGCUGAGUCUUCAGUCCUUUACACCACAUUUGAUGAGAUCCUGUCGGCUACCUUGCAGGAUGGCAGCACCAACCUCAUGUCAUCAGAACUGGGAGACUCCUACAUGGAGCUUCUGCUGGACCUCUUGGUGCAUCCGGAGGGCCCCCGUGUACGAGACCACGCCAGCCAUGGGGAGCUGGACCUGGCAACCAUUCCUGCUGGCCUGGCAAACCACGUCCUGUGUGUCAGUCUGGCCUUCUGCAUUAAAUAUGCUUCAACCGACAGAUCUAUGCUGCCCUGCUUGUCCAAAGGAAAAGGAAACCACACCAAGCCUACCGAGGAAGUUGCAAACAGCCCAGCUACCCUAAAGGCUGUGUCUGUAGUAAAUAUGGCCCUGCACAAAGUUCUGCCCUCACACAGCCCUGACUCCAUCCUGGCAGACCUCAGUGUUCCAGACUCCUGGCAGGUUUAUGAGACAGCCGUGCACAUAUGUCUGCACGAGCCCGUGAAGACGGUGUACCGGCCCCGUGUCGAGCUGGAGCUGGUGUCCCUCCUGAGACACAUCACGGAGAACAGCCGCAUAGCAUCACAGAACAUCCAGGGAACAGCUGAGCAGAGGUGCGAGCUGUGGAGGAACAGGCAACUCAGGUCCAGACAGAGGGACAACUACUGCAGGAUGCUGGACCGCCUUCAGACUAUCUUUAAUGGUCUUCAGUUGGUUGUCAUGGUUACAGUCCAUCACCUUCUGACACUAGGAGACCUGUUGCAACUCGAGUCAUCUCAAAAACAGAAACAGAAAAAGUUUCUAAAGAGUAUUCUGCAGUAUGUGGAGAACCUCGUGUCCAAAACCAGCACAGAUCAAAACAAGUGGGACGAAUGUUGCUCCCUCACAUUAGCCGCAAUCCAUAGGAUAACAGAGUACUAUAAUAGUGACAAUAUCUUAACAUAG